UUGAUUUGAAUACUACACUUUAUUGGAUCCAUUCUUCAUUGGAUAAAAAUUCGAUUUGUGCAAAAUUCAUUUUUUGACCAAGAUUUGAGUGUUUCCAUUUUGGAGCAGUUUUUUGAUAGCCGAUUACACAAAAAAAUUGUUUGUACAAUGUACAUAAAAAAAAAAGUAAAAGCACUACAUUUAACAACAUAAAAUUUACAAUUGAAAACGCCCUUCUCGAAAUCAUUUCGGCACAUUUGAUCAAUUAACCCAAUCAAAGCGAUGGUUCCAUAUGGAACAGUUUUUGAAUAUGUUCUGCAAGAACACGUAAAUUGGUCAAUUUUUAUUUCGUUUCUCGUCUAAUGACGUUUUUAUGACAGAAAAAAGUUGAAUCUAUCAUAAAAUAUAUAAUUUAUACCAUUUGGUUCGGCACAAUAUGAAAUAGGGCAUUUUGCAUUUCGGCAAAGAAAAUUUAGGGGGCAACACAUGGGAAUGAAUCGGAAAAUUUUCAAACAACUCGAUUAUUAUUUUAUUUCGGAAUGAAGUUUUAAAGCCAAGCAUGUACAGAUACAUAUCUUUUGAUCUCAAAAUUAACAUUGACAACAGAAAACAUGAAAAAAACAAUCUUUCCAUGGUUUUUCUUGUGUUUGUAUUGAAAAAAUACGUCGUGACGAAAUCAAGGUUUUCCACGGAAAAUCUUAUGAAUUUUCAAUCGGUCGCAUUAUAAUCCAAAAGUAUGCAUGCUCACCUUUAUCAAAGAUUUAAAAUUGAAUAGAUUUUUUUAUAUUUUGUUUGCAUUUAAGACAAAUUUUUAGAACUUUGCAGGAAAAAAUUGAAAAAAGAGAUCACGGCUUUGAAUGGGUUAACAAAAAAUGAUUAUCAUUGUAUUUUAUUGUAAUGAAUGAAUGAGAAACAUGUGUAUAAGCCAAAAAUUUCUUAUUAAAAUAUAUAAAAUUCAAAUGUUUCAUUUCUCUCCUUAAGUGCUCAAGUAACAUUGUUUGUAUUCAUUUUCCCUUAUUUCGACCGCUGAACUCUUUGGAAAGCCGAUUAUUUCGAUUUCGAAUGUGACAUUCCUUUCGAAAUUCCCAUUUCGACUGGAACAUUCGAUACUUUUGACAGCUCAUAUUGUCAUUUCCAAUGGAAAAUAAACAAUCAAGCACAAAACAUCACAAGCCGAUAGAUAAAAAACACCAAAAAUAUAAAUUAAAUGUGAAUCGAAUGAAUAUUUGAGUAAAAGAGCGACACAAAGCCGGAAAAAAUUCAUUAUUCUAUCUGAAUCCAUUAGAUGGCCUGAUUUUUGUCGACGCACGUACUAAAUUCUCCUCCAAAAAUGUGUUUCACAAUCGACCAAAUUGAGCGAGCGUGUGGACUUUUGCUGCUGACCGAAUUCAACACCUUUGUUUACUGCUGCAAAAGUUGUAAGUGUGAAUUUGAGUCGGGAUCCAAUUUAGAGGUGCACAUUCUGUCAAAACAUCAAGACGAUAUGGAAGCAAUUUUCGAGAAUAGUGAAGUUUUUGUGGAUAAUUUUGAUGCAUCGAGAUACGAAAUUGGGCCAUCAGAUGUUAAAUUUGAGCAAAUCGGAUCAAAUUGUGACGAACCAAAUGGCGAUGAGCUGGAUGAAGAAAGUUUCACUAAAUCGUGUGAACCGAAUCAACAAAAAAUAGAAGUUGAACAAUUUGAUUCAAAUAAUGAAGUAUCAAAUGAACGAGACGAAAAAUUAAAUGAACCAAUAUUGCUUGAAUCGAGUGAUGAAGAUGACACACCAUUGGCUGAUUUGGUGGCGGAUCAUGGUUUCGACAAUGUGAACAGCAGUGAUGAGUCAACUAAAGCAAACGACGAUGUGUCAAUUGUGAAAAAACGAAGAGGACGACCGAUUGGAUGGAGAAAAAGAAGAGAUAGCAACGAAGCAUUGACACAAAAAAUUAUUGCUGGUACAAAACGACCACCUGGUCGACCACCAGGAGCAAAAAAUAAGAACUAUGACAGUGAUAUGGUGACAAAAUACGCUAUAAAUGACAAUACGAAACUCUCGAACAAAAAAGGUGGUCGGCCAACCACCGGUCUAUUCUACUGUGAAAUGUGUCCGGAUCUAAUGUUCGAUGGUAAAAUGAAUCUCACCAGACACAUGCACCGCUGUCACGUUCUGCAAAAGCGAAAAUGUGAAAUAUGCAACAAAAUCCCAAGAAAAGGCUACGAAAGACACAUGAAAAAGUUUCAUACCGUUCAACCGCUGCACAAUUGCGAUUUAUGCGAUGCCACAUUCAAAACUUCCAUCAGUCUAGUCAAUCAUAAGCUCCAUCACAAAGGAGAAAAACCAUUCCUCUGUGAAAACUGUGGCAAAGCAUUUGUUUCUCAGCAGUUAUAUCGUGAUCACAAACGUAUAAAACACAUCGAUGCACGCAAACAUCCAUGUAAACAGUGCGAUCGUGCAUUCUAUAAACGAUUUCGACUUCGUGAUCAUAUUAUUGCAUUCCACACAACGGAAAGGCCACACAUUUGUGAGAUAUGCGCCAAAAGUUUUAAAUCGAGAAGCUAUUUGCGUGUUCAUAAAUUGACACAUGGCGAAAAGGCGUUGAAGUGUCGUUAUUGUGAUCGAAUGUUUAAACUCUCGGAAAAUAGACACAAACAUGAAGUUUCAAUUCAUAAAAUUGAGAAAUUAAAUAGUGACACGAGUCAACGAAACUGGAACCAAUGUCGGAGGAAAAUGCACAUUCUGACGGAGCAUCAGGACUGUAAAGGAGCUGUAUUUGAGAAUGGUGAAAUUUUUGUGGACAGCAUUGAUGCAUCGGUUUAUGAAGCUGGGCCGACGAAAGUAGAAAUUGAGCGAAUCGAUGAAAAUGUUGAAGAAUGGAGUGAAUUAAACGUCAUUGAACCGGAUAAACCGAAUUUCAAUGAAGGGAACAAAGCAAAAUUGCUUGAAUCGAGUGAAGCAUAUGUCGAAGAAUCCAGUAAUGACGACACACCAUUGGCUGAUUUGUUGGGGAAUCACGGUAUCGACAAUGUGAACAGCAGUGAUGAGUCAGCAAAAGCGGGCGAUAAAGUAUCAAUUGUGAAAAAACAAAGAGGACAACCGCGCCGAGAAAGAGGAAAAAAUCGAUCACCAAUGACGAGAUUGCAACGAAAAGAGAAUGUGGUAGAUGAAAAGAAUGAAACAGAAAACGAUGGUCAAAAACAAGAAGAGAAAGGGCAAAAAAGAGACAUUGUGGAGGAAAUGGUGAAAACGAUAGAGAAACCAAAUCAAAAGAAAGAGAAUGCAAAUCAAAAAGCAAUAGAGAAGAAGAUAAAAAGCGAAGAAGGGGAAGAAGAACGGAAAAAGAUGGCAAAAGUGAAAGAAAAACAAAACAAGUUAGAAAGAGAGGAACACGUCAUGCAGAAAAAGCACAAAAAGCCACAAAAUGUGAAUGAAAUAAAAAGAAACGUAGAAAUAACGAAUGCCAAGAGAAGUCGGAAUAAAAGUAAAGUCAAUGUGAAGUCAGUUGUGACGAUUGAAACAGUUCCACAAAGGUCGUUGAGAUCAGCGAAUAAAAAAUCUAGCCGUUGUGAAUCAGUUGAACAAAAAAGUGAAGAGUUUAAUCGAAGAGUGCUUAGGAAAUACCGUUCAUGGCCAAAGAAUCGGGUGAUUCAAAGAAAUAAACAGCGGUGUAAUAAGAGACCAAUCGAUCUAUUACACGAUAGAGAUAAAAAUGGUGGUCAGACUGCGAAAAACAGUGAUGAAAGCCUAAGAAAUACCGCGAGUUACCGUAUAAAGAGGAAUAAAAACGUUAGUGAUUCGAGUGAAACUGACUUUGGAAUGAAGAAAAAUGGUGUAAUUGAGCGAGUGAUGGCUUGUAAGACCAAUCUGUGGAUAGAAACAUUCACUAUAGGCUUUCAAAAAGAGACGAAGUCGAAGUCGAAGAGAAAAGAAAAUUCAUUCGAAAACGAUGAAUCAAUUGUAAAUGACUCUAGCAACGGAACCGAAGAAGAGCACGUGGAAACGGUUUUAAAAUCGAUGAAAAAUCAGCUACCAACGCCACCAAGUACGAAAAAACGUUUCAAUGGCGAUGAAAGUGACAGUGAUUGCAGCAUGAACAGUUAUACUUCGACUUAUGUCUUGACUUCAUCUUCGACUUCUUCUUUAAAUUUUGCUUCCACUUUUACUUCAACUUGUACCUUGACUUCUGCUUCCAUUCACGCUUCAACUAACGGUAAUUUUGAAUACAGUCACGAGAGCAACAAUUCAACGGACAUUGAUUCCGGGGACAAUAGCAAAAUUGGUUUAUCUGAAGCGAGUUUGGAAAUGCAAAACCGAAGCAAUAGUUCAAUUGCAGUGGAAUUUGACAAUGAUACAAACAAAGUCAAAGAAAGUGAAGAAAUGAUUCGAAAAUCGGUGAAUAUUGUUCAUUCACUGAACGAUCUACCUCAAAUGCAGGGAAAUGAAAGAAAUGUUUUUGACUCAGUUAGUGAUAGUGAUAAAAAUACCAGCAAAAUUAUCGACACCAAAUUUAUUAACACUAAUAGCAAUAACGACAGUGGACACAGUAGCGGUGAAUCGAUUGAUAUUGAUCUUCGUAGCAUAAACGACACAAUUGAAAUCGAAUUAAAAAACAAUACCGAUGAUAAGCUGAUUGCCUGUUUGGCUGGCAUUGAUUUGACCAGUUUGAAUAUUGAGGUGGAAAGUGAAAAAGAGCAAAGUGAAAGAGUAUCCAAUGAAAAUGAAGGGAGAUCAAUUCAAAUUGAAAGAGAAUCGAUUAAAGAUAACUCUAAUGCAAAUGCACAAAAGCCCAAUGAAAAUAGCCCAGAAGUGUUAAUUGAACGAGUCGAUAAUACGAUUCAUCUAUCGGAAGAGUUGAUCGAUUUGAAUACAGAAGCCCCGCCUCCAAAUCUAAUAUAUUAUGUAUACCAAAUACCGUACGAGUCUAUUGAGAUGGCGAUACAAGUCGGUAUUCCUUCUACAAAUGAUGAUCCAGCCAUGAUUUCGACGAAUCAAGCCUCUGUUCCAACGCCGAUGCUCACAACUCAAAUAUUUGAAUUGUAUGAAGCGGAAAUCAGUAACGAAAACCUGCUUGAAACUGAUUCAAUUGUUGAAGAUGGUCGAAAUUUAAUUUCAAGCGAUGGGAACAACGUUGAAACAAUUAAAAAUUCUACCAAAAACCCAACUGAAGAUUUUGUUGGAAAAUCUGUAGAAAACUUCGUAAAAAAUCCUCUUAAAAAUAUGACCAAAAACGUCGUCACGAAAAGCACAGUCAAACCACCGCAAAACUUUCCGGCUAAAUCGAAAACUUCCAUACGAAGAACACAGCGAGGUCGACCGUUAGGUUCAAAAAACCUUAAACCAACAGACGAAAACAUAUAUUCACCGGAUAUAUUCUUCUGUGACAUGUGCCCCGAUAAGAUUUUCAAGAGUAGACUUGGAUUAAAGAAGCAUAUAAAUCGGCAUCUAACAAAUGAGAUGCGACAAAAGUGUACGUUAUGUGGUCAACAACCUAGAAAUUUGGAGAAUCACAUGAAAAUAAAGCAUUCAAACGUGCGACAUAAAUGUGAUUUCUGCGAGAUAUCAUUUAAAAGUAAGGAAAAUCAAGUUAUUCAUAUUCGUACGCACACAGGGGAACGACCGUACGUUUGUAGCCGGUGUGGUAUGACGUUUCGUGCACAAGCGACCUGGCGUAAACACGAAAAUCGAGUCCAUCGAUUUAUGAAGAAGCAUCGUUGCGAAGACUGUGGUCGAUCAUUUCAUAGUCCAUAUUUACUUGAGGAUCAUAUUUAUGCAUUUCAUACGGGUCAACGUCCGUACACGUGUGACACAUGCGGUAAAAACUUUGCAACCAGACAUUAUCUACGCACACAUAAAAUUACACACGGUGAAAAGGUGCACAAGUGUCGGCAUUGCGAUAAAAAGUUUGCAUUGGCCGACAACAGACGGAAGCACGAAAGACGAUUUCAUAAAAUUGAAUGAGGAGUUUCAUAGAAUAGAGAGUGACAUGGUUACGAAGACAUUUGUUGAUGAAAUAAAACGACGUCAAAUGAUCGAAUUGAAGAUAAAGAAUAAAUUUUUAAAAAAUGAGGAGAAAAAAAUCAUUUUUUAAAAUUCAUUAUUAUUAAAAUAACAUAGAAAAAGUUUUGUCUGAAGGAAAUAUCUGAAAAAAAAAACGGAAAAUUUUUAAACAAAAGAAAACAAACAGAGAACAUUUUGAAAACAUGAAAAAAAAAUUGAACAAAAUAUAAAUAUUCGGAAAAAAAAUGUUAAUUUGUUUGGAGUCAACUACAUUUGUGUACAACCAAUUGACACAGAUUAUUUGUGGGGAAAUUACGGCAGUUGUUAAUUUUUGUUAAAAAAGGAUCAAAAAUACAAAAUGGUAACAAAAAAAAUCGCCGAACAAAGUGAAACAUCAAUCUGUUAUUGGAUCAAUAUGAAGCAUGAAAUCGUUGGCUACUAUUUUAUUUACUUUAAGCUUUGUUUCGAAGCGUGACAAGUGUUUCAUUUUGUUUCAGCAACAGAACGUUGUAUCACUUUGUUCGUCGACACGCUCAAUGUACUGUUUUGAAAAAAUAUGCAUGAUUUGAUACAGUUUUGUGCGAGUGCAACAUAAAUUCUGUUCGCUUGAAAGUGAAUCGUGAAAUAUCGGCUGACUAUAGAAAUUGUGUUUCACUUUAAUUGAAACCAAAAUGUUUGAUACACUUUUGAGUCCAUUGGUAUGAUGAUUCAUUUUAAUGGUGGUUUUGGUCGUGAUUUGUCUAUGAAGUGAAAAUUAACUGAUAAGGAGCGCGAAUUUCG